AUGGUCGUCCCAGCCAUCUUCCGCAAGCGCCAUGACAUUGAAGAGAUCACGCCCAUCACGGGCCCCAUGGAGGGCGAGUCCUCCAGCGUCGACAAGUUGCAGCACUUGGCGGCGUUCGAAAAGGCCCACAAGCUGGAUCCCAACAUGCCUCUCGACGAGUUGAACGACGUGGACGCGGCCAUUGCCACGGGCAAUGCCGAGAAGGGCAUCGAGAUUGAGCAUGCGCUCAUGGAGGACAACAGUCCCUAUCCCGAAGUCAGGGCUGUCGUGCGCAACUACGACGUCGAUGUCCCCGCGAACACCAUCCGUGCCUGGGUCAUUGGGCUGAUCUUAUGCACCAUUGGAUCCGGCGUCAACAUGCUCCUCUCGCUACGCAAUCCCAGUGUGGCCAUCACAACCUAUGUCAUUCAGCUGAUUGCCUACCCCAUUGGCCUUGCUUGGGAUCUGGUCAUGCCAGAUCGGGAGUGGGAUGUCUUUGGCUUCAAGUUUAACUUGAAGCCUGGCAAAUUCAAUUUCAAGGAGCACGUGGUCAUCGUUGCCAUGUCAAAUGCAGCCUAUGGCGGCGGGUCUCUUUACGCUACCGACGUCCUGCUGGCUCAGCGCCUGUUUUACGGCCAGGAUUUUGGAUGGGCUUUCCAGAUGCUGUUCGGCAUCACCACGCUCUGCACGGGGUAUGGCCUCGCCGGCCUUGCCCGUCGGUUCUUGGUCUGGCCGGCUGCCAUGAUCUGGCCUGCUGACCUAGUCAACUGCGCUCUCUUCUACACACUUCACGAUCACUCGCGAUCUGACCCGUCCAAGACCAACGGCUGGACGAUUGGGCGAUACAAGCUGUUCCUAAUCAUUGGAUCAGCUGGCUUCAUCUGGUACUGGGUACCCGGCUGGCUCUUCAAGGGAUUGUCAUACUUCACCUGGGUUUGCUGGGUGGCCCCGAACAAUAUUGUCGUCAACAAGCUGUUUGGCGCCCAUUCUGGGUACGGACUGAUGCCCAUCUCCUUCGACUGGACCGUGAUCAGCGGUUUUCUGGGCUCUCCCCUCAUCCCGCCGUUCCAUGCCAUCAUGAACGUCCUGGCUGGCAUUGUUUCGGUCUUCAUCAUUUUGUCCAUGGGCCUUCACUUCAGCGGCACGUGGUACGCAGAUUACCUACCGAUCCAGUCCACCGAGUCGUACGACAACCAGGGACACGUCUACAAUGUCACCCGCAUCCUGGAUGCCAACGGGCACUUCAACGAAACAGCCUACAACGAGUACUCGCCACUGUACCUUCCCACGCAGUUCGCCCUGGCCUAUGGCGUUUCGUUCGCUGCCGUGUCCGCCGUGCUCAUCCAUGUCGGCUUGUACCAUGGCAAGGACUUGUGGAACCAGUUCCGCAUGGCCCGUCACCAGGAGGAUGAUGUUCACAUGCGCUUGAUGAAGAAGUACCGUGAUGCGGAAGAUUGGUGGUACGCUGCCCUCUUUAUCGUCAUGGUUGCCAUCUCUUUCGGCGUUGUGGCAGGAUGGCCAACCGGUUUCCCUGCCUGGGCCUAUGUCAUCUGUAUGCUCAUCCCCAUUGUGUGGCUCAUUCCGAUCGGCCUGAUCCAGGCCAUCACCAACCAGCAGCUCGGUCUGAACGUGCUCACCGAGUUUAUCAUCGGCUACAUGGUACCCGGACGGCCCCUUGCCAUGAUGAUGUUCAAGAACUACGGCUACAUCUGCAUGUCGCAGGCCUUGUACUUUGCGCAGGAUCUCAAGCUUGGCCAUUACAUGAAGGUGCCCCCACGCGUCAUGUUCUCGUCGCAGCUCAUUGCCUCCAUCUGGUCUGCCAUUGUCCAGAUUGCCGUCAUGAACUGGGCGCUGGCCAACAUCCCCGACGUGUGCGACGCAUACCACCCCAACAACUGGACCUGCCCCGGUAGCCGCGUCUUCUUCACGGCCUCCAUCAUCUGGGGAGCCAUCGGCCCGGCACGAAUCUUCAGCAACGGAGCCUUGUAUUCCGCCCUUCAGUGGUUCUGGCUCGUUGGCGCCGUGGCGCCCAUGAUCACCUGGCUCCUCGCCCGUCGCUGGCCCAAGUCGCUCUGGCGCUACGUCAACACGCCUGUCAUCUUCGGAGGUCCUGGCCUGCUCCCUCCUGCCAGUGUUUACAACUACCUCUGCUGGGGUCUGGUGGGCGUGGUGUUCAACUACCACAUCAGGCGCCGCUUUACUGGAUGGUGGCUGCAGUACAACUACAUUGUCUCCGCGGCGCUGGAUUGUGGGCUCAUCAUGUCGACAUUGGUCAUCUUCUUCACGCUGUACAUGACCGAGGUGCCGCAACUGAAUUGGUGGGGCAACGAGGGCGCAACACAGACAGUGGACUUUACGAACAAUGCUGUCAAGUCUGUGCUACCACCAGGCGAAACCUUUGGUCCAUCUGUUUGGCCGUAG